AUGGGAAAUUGUCUAACAUGUAAUAACAAAGGGAAUUUACAACAACAUGAUGACGGUAUGACACAAAUGAAUAGAAACGCUCAAGGCGGAGGUCAACCCCAUGGCCAGCCCGCCUAUUUACGAAAUUAUGGUCCUCGGGGUGAGGCCAUUCCCCUAGCUACCAAUCAGAAUGCCAUUGUGCCAUUAUCUCGCGGGGCACAUCAAUCCUCCAAACAAUAUGCCAUGAAUGUUUACACUGUACAAAAUGGACAACAGCAAGCAGGCUCCUAUGUUUAUGGUCCAACUCAACAACCCGCCCCCUUAGAUCAACAAUUGGCAGAACAGUCGUCUCGAGCUGUUCGUGUGCAUGCUCUCUAUACCUAUGUAGCCCAAAAUGCUGAUGAUUUGAGCUUCCAGAAAGGCGAUGUCAUGCUUGUCGAAUCCGGCCUCUCAGAAGCCUGGUGGUUAGCUCGUCACUUAAAAACCGGCCAACAUGGCUAUAUCCCUAGCAACUAUGUUGCUGUUGAAAAUGGUCUCUCUAACCAAAUGGAAGCUUGGUAUGAGAUAUCUCGAAAAGAUUCUGAAAGAAUGCUUCUUAUGCCCGGUCUACCUCAAGGUACCUAUAUCCUUCGACCCUCUUCUGGCAAGUUUCGUUUUAAUUACCGAAGCUACGCACUCUCAAUCCGUUUUGAAAUUGAUAGAAAUAUGUAUGCGAUAAAGCACUACAAGGUUAAAACCCGGGAUAACGGAGCUGGUUUCUAUAUCACCACUCGAACUAAUUUUGCGACUGUAGCAGAUCUCAUUGCACACUAUCAAACCACAAGUGAUGGUCUUUGCUGUGUUCUCACUCAACCCUGUCCUCGCCAAUAUACCCCACCGGUGCAGUUCCGUGACAUUGAAGCCAACCGCCGUAGUCUCGAAUUCAUCUGCGAGUUGGGAAAUGGCUCCUUUGGUAUGGUUUAUCGAGCUAGAUUCAACAAGACCUUUGAUGUUGCCGUCAAAAAGCGUCUGGCCACUACAGAUCUUGCGCAAUUCAUCGAGGAGGCACGUGUUAUGCAUCGACUUCAUCAUCGGCGUAUUGUGCGACUUCUGGGUGUUUGCACUGAACCUGCGGAUGAACCGGUCUUUAUCAUCACAGAACUCAUGGAAAAAGGUGCACUGAGGACUUUCCUCGCUUCGGAUGAGGGCAAACAACUGGGUCUCUCUGAUCUGAUUGAUAUGAUCGCUCAGGUUGCUGAGGGCAUGGCGUACCUGGAAGAGAUGAACUUCGUACAUCGUGACCUGCGUGCGGCCAACAUUCUCGUGGACCGUGACAACUCCGUUAAGGUCGCCGACUUCGGUCUCGCCAAGAUGCUCGAUUCGGAUAUCCGAAAUGAUGGUACGCUUGCCUAUUUUUGA